AUGGCAGAGGGAGAUUCGUGCACUUUUAUACCCGAUAUUCCCUGCAUCCAGUCGAUAGCAACAACAUUAAAACAGUUGAGUUUUAGAUUUCCAGAGCUGUUGCCAUCGCGGCAUGUCUCAGACUUGAGCCGCUGGCCCAUCUUUUCUAUUCUGGACACAGAGCUCCUGUCAAAAGUCAAGAAAAUCUGUGUGUUUGGGAGCUCGGGCAAUGAAGCCAUCUUUAUAACCGAUACUGAUGAUGUCUACGCGUUUGGCUCAAACUGCAGCAGUUGUCUGGGAUUAGGAGACUCUCACAGCAGUCUGGAACCAAGAAAGAUUGACAUUCUGUGCCAGAAAAGAGUGAUUGAUAUUGCAUUUGGCAGUGGACCACAUGUAGUUGUUGUUACUCAGGCUGGUGAAGUGUACAGCUGGGGUCACAACGGAUACUGUCAGCUCGGCAAUGGGAGUUCGAAUCCUGGCUUUACCCCUGGGCUUGUGACCACAAACUUGUCUGGUCGAAAUGUUGUCAGAGUGGCUUGUGGCAGCCACCAUACCAUGGCCCUUACAUUAGAUGGCGAGAUUUAUGCCUGGGGUCAGAACAAUUGUGGCCAGGUAGGCACAGGAUCUACAGCCAAUCAGCCAUCGCCUAGAAAGAUCACAGCAGUUAUUGGAGGCAAAGCUGCUCUAGCUAUAGCUUGUGGUCAGACGUCGUCAGUGGCCCUCAUGGACAAUGGUGAGGUGUAUGGUUGGGGUUACAAUGGUAACGGACAACUUGGCAUUGGAAAUAAUGUGAACCAGCCGAACCCAUGUCGUGUACAUUUGCUGCAAGGGGUCGUGAUUAACCAGGUUGUCUGUGGGUAUGCUCAUACUUUGGCUCUGUCCGACGAAGGAAUCAUGUUCUCAUGGGGAGCUAACUCUUAUGGUCAGCUGGGGACCGGAAAUAAGGCGAACAUGGUUUCACCAGCUAAAGUUAUCUGCCAGGGUGAAAAAUAUGCAGAGAUAGCUGCCAGCCAUUACAGUCAUAUCUCAGCAGCCAUGAGCCAAACUGGCAAAGUGUACAUCUGGGGUCAGUGCCGGGGCCAGUCACUGACGCAGCCCAAGUCCACCAGAUUUGCCUCGACCGAUGAUGCUUUUGCUGCCUUCUCUACUCCCCCUGUCUCUUGGAGAAUGUACUCUCUAGAUUCAAUUAAAGGUUCUCGAAUAGCAGAUGCAGUAGCAAAUGCCUUUGAUAAUCAAGAGACCAGUGAUGUGCGAUUUGUUGUUGAAGGAAAGGAGAUACAUGUACAUAAAGCAAUCCUUAAGAUGAGAUGUGAACAUUUCAGGUCAAUGUUCCAGUCUUGUUGGGAUGAAGGCAGCAGAGAAUCAAUAGAGAUUACCCAGUAUCCGUACACAGUAUACAGGGCUUUCCUACGCUACUUAUACACAGAUGAUGUUGAUCUCCAGCCGGAUGAAGCUAUAGGUCUGCUGGAUCUGUCCAACUCGUACUGUGAGGAGCUGUUGAAGAUGAAAUGUGAAGGGAUCAUACGCCAGGGAAUAUCUGUAGAAAAUGUGGCCAUGUUGUACGCUGCGGCUAUCAAAUUUGGGGCACAGCAACUUGAAGAAUUUUGUUUCCGGUUUUCAGAGGCUUUCUGCAAACUGGACGAGUCGGUGGUCAAGGAGUUUAUAGUGAGAGCCAGCAAGGCUGGGGUGUUCCGCAGCUGA